GGCUACGUAGCGACGCGACAAGAAGGGAGGGAAAGGUGAGAAAAGAAAGGGAUGCCGGUGGAGAUUGAGGUCAACUCCUCCGUCCUCGACGACGAUUUCAUCGGCCACCGCCUCGGCCUCAUUCCCCUCACCAGCGACGACGCCAUGCCCGUGCGCUUCUCCCGGGACUGCGACGCCUGCGACGGCGAUGGCUUCUGCGAGUUCUGCUCCGUCGAGUUCUUCCUCAGCGUCCGCUCCGACUCGGACCACACCCUCGACGUCACCAGUGCCGACCUCCACACAACCAACCCCCGCGUCUGCCCCGUCGACGCCCCCGCCAAGGCCCCGUCGUCCGCCGAGCAGAACUUUGUUACUAGCGGUGUAAUCAUUGUGAAGUUGCGUCAUGGACAAGAGCUGAAACUUAGGGCAGUUGCUAGAAAAGGGAUUGGUAAGGAUCAUGCCGAGCGAUCACCUGCUGCAACUGUUACAUUUAUGUAUGAACCUCAAAGACACAAACAAAGAUCUGAUGGAAGAAUUGACACUCGAAGAGAAGAGAAGUUGGGCCGCGAGCAGCCCUACAAAAGUCUUUGUCAUCGAUCCGAAUACUCAACAAGUGGUGAUAUAUUGAUCCUGAGGCACAAGAAAGCAGAGGCGAUGGGGAAACCGGGGCUUGUCGAGAUCUAUGCCAAAGAAGAAUCGACAGGUGCUCGACGAUGCCCCGAAGCAGAAGAAGCCUCUGCUUGGGAAUGUAUGAUUCCGGCUAGUGGGUCUCGAUACAUUUCCUCGGACAUGCAUGCAAGUGUUGUAUUGUCCUAAAUCAGUGAGCUGCAUUAGGUGACGCAUCUCGCCUCUGUCAACUUAAUGAGCCACCCGGUCAACGCGGAUCGGAACACUUGUCGAGGCACAUUAAUACCCUGUUCAGGCUCGAUCUCUCACGCCACGCCAACGGUAAUGUCAGACACUAUCAGAAGUACAAUCAUAGUACGAUCAUGCUCCCUACGGGCAGGCACAUCAUGCAACGGUAAUUCUUACUAUAAAAAGCCUUACGCUUUGAGGGAAAAGGAAGACGAACCAAAAGAAACCCCCUUCACCUUAUACUAACUUGAUCGUCGGAGGGGUCGGGCCGAGCUCCCCGACCCGACCUUUGUGCAGGUGCGAAGGUCGAGGUAUCCCGCUAAACGCCCAGGUGAGGAGCUCCUUUCCGGAGGAAACGACGACCCCGUCCCGAUCGGACCAUCGUAAUCGACCAGCUCAGUAGUCUCGAGAAACGUCCCAAGGAGAUUCUCCAUCAUCCGGACCCGAACCAGCCAUGUCGACCCCAAGGCCACGGCUCCAGGUUGUUUCCCACAACAACAGAACAAGAUCAUCGACUCCCGUCAUUCUGUUCGAAGCCCCUCAUGCUGCUACGUUCGUGAGGCUUAUCGUGGGGAGCGUUUGCACCGGUGUGGCAUUCUGCCCAAACCUUCCGACUCAAUCAUAGCGAAGAAUCUAUUGCUUGUUUGUCAGCCAAGAAUUCAACAUGCUCGUGUUCGUUGUACAGCGCAAUCAUGCCUUCCCCAUGAAUCACGCA